AUGGCUAUAAGUAUUAUACACCACCAUCUCAUUGAGGGUCUAAAAGAUCAGUACCUCACCAUGGAGAAUCCACUAGACCUUUGGACCGCUUUACAGCGUAGAUAUGAUCACCAGAAAACGGUGCUAUUACCAAAGGCUAGACAUGAGUGGAAGAAUCUCAUAUUCAUGGACUAUAAGUCUGUGGAUGAAUCAGUAUUGUUUAAGAUAGUCUCAAUGAUGAGAUUAUGUGGUGAGGAAGUAACCGAGAAAGAGUUGCUUGAUAAAACAUUCUCCACGUUCCAUUCGACGAACAUGUUGCUGCAACAGCAGUAUAGAGAGAGAGGCUUCGCCUCAUACACUAAUCUGAUCUCGUGCCUGCUCCUGGCCGAGGCUAAUAAUGAACUCCUGAUGAAAAACAGUGAGAUGAGACCAAUCGGAACAUCAGCAUUACCAGAAGCCAAUGAGGCUGAAAAGAAAGAUCCCAAAGAAUGCAACCACGUUCAUGAUAAUAAGAAGUCACACGGCAAAGUCCAUAGUAGAUUCAAGGGACGUGGCCGUGACAGCUAUGGUCGGCAAGGAAACCACAAUAACCGUGGUCGUGGUUCCAGCCGUGGCCGAGGCAAUUAUGGCUGUGGUCGAGGUGGCAUAUCCAAACCGUCUUACUCGACCAAAUUAGCUUGUCACAGAUGCGGGAUGUAA